GUGUGAGAGAGAGAGAGCAAUCUUCCACCAUUGCAAUUUACCGUGACAGGUAUACCACACGACAGUGUCACAGCAAUGAAUGAUCCGUACAGCCCGCCUACGGGCGGGAAUCCCGUGGAUGGGCUUGCCGUAUUCCAUUUUCCCACCACCCUCAACGAGGUCGCUACGCCGUUGCAGCCCCACAGUCCGCCAGCGGAAGAUUGUCCGAGCAUCGGACCGGAUGUCUUCCAACUCUUAGGCUCAUCUUCCGCGAUGACGGUAGGGGACGAUGACGCCGUUUGUGCUACCUCCCCCAAGGUCGCCCCUCCUUCCGCAGUUCCCAGCCCCCAAGCAACCACGCCUUUGACUCCGGACCCGGUCGUUACGGCAAUGCCGGAUACACCGUUGGAAGAAGUCGUGCCAUUGACCGAGGCCGCGCUAGGCUGUCCCCGCUCGCGCGGCAGUCUGGUAAUCCAGUGGCCUCCCAUCACGGACGACGAGCCCUCCAACACUGAUACCGAGUCAUCCCCCCUCGAACGUUCACUGUCACCCAGUCUCGUCGCCGCGGUACAGAGCGCACGCCAACGGGACGAACGUCCCAUCACGUUACCGGCCCAGCGUGGGAAGGAAGUCAUCCAGAAAAGCACCAAGGAAACUUCCUCGACCCAAACUCGGUCCGUGGAAGGAGGCCCCGGUACCAACGGUAACAGAAAGUGUUCUCCGAGUCCGUCCAGCAAGACCUGUGAUCCGUCUCCCGACCCGUCCGUCGUCCCGCCAGAAUCAGCACCCGAGUCGGCGACAAAGGUUGCAGCGGAAGAAGAUGACGCAAAAAUUAUCACCACCGUACCCAACCUUCAGGAUCGUAUUAGCAUCUACGGUGGCCGCAAAUCCAAGAAGAUUCCCGCUGCCGUCUAUAGGCCCCCGCCCAAAAUUGAUAUAUACGCAACUCAGGUUCGUCCACAUCCGAGAGAUCGGCCGCCUUCGGAACAACAUGACAAGGAAGCAAAGAAGUCACAAUUGAUCGACUCGUUUCCGGUGGCCGCAAAGGACAGUGUCAGGGAUCGCCUCGGUUUGAAACCAGAUGCUGCCGUGCCGAGCAGUGUACAGAACAAGGCAACGCCAUCCCAAACCCAGACCAGUAGUCUCGCGGAUAAAUUCUUGUCCCAAAUUCAAGGGUCGCAGCCGUCCACCAGGGAUUCCGCCUUUGUUUCCGUUGCUCCCAAGGUUGCACCGCCCACUACGUCGGACAAGGAAAAAUUACCAGUACUGGAUAUUGUGACAACAAGCAAAUUCAAAGGCGGUGGUGACGACGACACGUCGAUUGGAAUGUCGUCCGUCUCCGGCGACGAGUUCGGAAAAGUAGCUCAGGUAGCCUUUCCAUCCCAGCGUACUGGCAGACGAAACUUUGCUGGUAAUGAAAUCCAACAGCCAACCCGUAACCGUGUGGCGGCUUACCAUAGCACCUUUCAGACGGCAAGCCAAACUCAUAACAACGCUACGCCUUUGCCGGAUGUGGCCAUGGCCAAGCUCGUGGACGAAAUGGUAGUGCAACGGGUCGGCGAGCUGAAGCGACAAUGGGAAGCUGAUCACCGACGCCAGUGGCAGGCGUUGGAAGACAAGUGGAACCGAUCGUACGAAGAUUUGCAUGCCAAGAUCGUUGAUACAAACCGCCGCCUGGACAAACUCGUGUAGUCGGAAAGGCCUGUUCCUUUCGCAUCCCAUUAAGUGUACUAAUUUCGUUUCUAAUCGAACUAUAUGUAG